AUGUCGUGCGACAAGCGAAAGUGCGGGAUGGAGGAAGGAGGCGCGCGAAUGCGAGUCACGUUUAGCAGCGGCGCCCAAGACACCGGCGAUAUCCUGGCUGACAGUCUCGUGCUUCACCCAUGUCAACAAGCUCUUUUGUGUCCCGUACAUUACGUAACUGCUCGUUUGAUUGGACCGUACAUCCUUCCUCCCCGCCUAACAGGUCCCAGGUACUUGAUAUUCCUGCAAGAAGUACUGGAGUUCUUGGAAGAUGUGCGAUUGGACAUUUGGAAAGAAAUGUGGUUCCAACAUGAUGGCGCGCCAGCACAUUUUGAAGUUCGCGUUCGAAACCCAUCUCAACGCAGAGUAUUCGGAGUAAGCUGGUGGAUCGAUCGAGGUGGACCACAUGCUUGGCCACAAAGAUCCCCGGAUUUGACUUCUUUAGACUUUUUCUUGAGGGACUACAUGAAGAGUCCGGACAUAGAAGAGCUUGUUGACAUGGAUGAAGCACGAUACGUAAAAACAUUUCUCAACAGUCAGAUCUUUUUAAGAGGUUGUUAGUCUCACGCUCAUGAAUCCCGACUAUUUUGGAGACUCAUACAAAUUUGGAAAAUUAUACGUGAAUGAAAGAACAUCUUUUUCUUAGAUUUACUCUUACACGGAGCCGCGCGCGCGCUGCGUUCCAUCCUAUUAUUGUUGGUAUAAAGAAAUUGAGAUUAGCGAGUUCGCAAACUAAAACCAGCACUUCUUUAGAAACGCACGGACACGUCUGCUCCUCGUAAAAGACAUUUUUAAAAAAUGUACAUUCAAUGCGAGAGAUCAUGUUUCCGUGGUUAUUCUCUUUACAAGAUUUAUCCGUUGAGAAGUUCAAAUACAUACCUCGGAAGACAAUUUUAAAUAGGAUUUAGUAAAGCAACAAAAGUACAGCGGAUUCAGACAUUUUUCUAGUCAUACCGGCGAGUCUCUCCUUUUUCAUAUUCAUUCAAAAUCCACAGUUUCAUCCCGCGACUAAACCCCGGAGUCUAGACCACUUAAGAUGAAAAUGAGGUCAGGUCGCACAGGUGGUACGAUUAUAUGAAAAAUUGAGCAUGCCGUUAACCGACAAUGAUAACAAACGCCGAAUUACAUUUGUAAAAUUUAUUUACGUUUAUAUGACAGCUAAAUUUUACAAAAUAAAAAUACUUAUUUAGACUAUUUUUUUAUUAAUAAGAUAAAUAUAUUAUAAAUUGCUAGAAAGAUUUUCUAUUUGAUUUUUGCUUAUCAACGUGAAAUGCCAAGCCAAAAAAGCACAUAUCAAACUAUUUUCACUUUUCAAUUUCUUUUAUAUUUCACGGAUGUUCAAUUUUUAAUCUGUCGAAGUUUCUAUUUUCAAAAAUAAAAUGCUUUUGUUUCUCUAUCUCAUCUAUCAUUGAGCGAGGUGGAGAAAAAAAGCCAAAAAAUUGAUAUAAGUUAAGAAUGUUGUAUCUA